AUGGAAAUGGCCAACCGAACCGUCCAGUACGCCAUGGUGGAUGCCUUCACUGGCGAGCCGUUCAAGGGCAACCCGGCGGCGGUGUGCCUCCUGAAGGACGACGCCGCUGCCAAUGACGACAAGUGGCUUCAGUCCGUAGCUGCGGAGUUCAACGUAUCCCAGACGGCCUUCCUCUUCCCCCGCGAUGGAGGCUCCAGCUCGUCGUCCACCCCGCGGUUCCGCCUCCGCUGGUUCAGCCCCACCACCGAGGUCCCGCUGUGCGGGCACGGGACACUGGCGUCCGCUCACUUCCUCUUCACCGCCGUCCUCCCGAAGCAGCACGACGUGAUCGAGUUCGUGACCGAGUCCUGGAUCCUGACCGCCCGGAAGGUUCCCGGAGCAAGUUCGCGGCCGCGGGUGACGGAGGAGGAGCAGGGGAAACCGUUCAUCGAGCUGGAUUUCCCCACGAGCGAUGUUUUCGUGGACUGCAGCUCCACCCACGAGCUGCCGUCCAUAUUCCUGAAGGCCACGCCCAUAGUCGGUGUUCACCGAGCAGCAACCACCGACGACUUCAUCGUAGAACUUUCAUCGGGAGAAGAGGUUGCUGAUGUCCUUCCUAACUUGGAACAACUUAAAAAGUGUGCUGGCAGAGGUGUCAUUGUUACAGGACAGGCGCCACCUGGAUCUGGUUAUGACUUCUUCUCACGAUUCUUCGCCCCGAAAAAAGGGGUAGACGAGGACCCUGUUUGUGGCAGUGCACAUUGUGCUCUAGCACCAUUCUGGGCCCGAAAACUGGGCAAACGAAGACUGACGGCGUUUCAAGUAUCUAAAAGGACCGGAACACUUUAUCUGGAGUUGGAUGCUGCAAAUCGGAGGGUAAAAAUUCAAGGACAAGCCAUUACUGUGAUGGUUGGAACACUCCUAGCUUAG